AUAUCCCACAUCUAGAUGUCCCACAGAUAUGCGCCACUCUCUAAUCCCGUCGACGAUGCAUCCCGCGAAAUGGACGAAGCCUUUGCCGGCAGCGACGACGAAGACGACGGCCUGAACGAUGACGACGCCGCCGCCGAGACCCGCCCGCUCAAUCCCUCGGGCCACAGCGCCUCCGCGGCUGCGCCGCCCAUGCACAGUCCUCCGCCCUCUAACGCGCCGCUCCCUGCCUCGUAUGACUUUGAGAACUUUGAUUACGCCAGCAUGCCCCCUCCCGGCUCGCCCCCGGGCCCGACGACGAGGGCGCUCCCCAACCACUGGGGCAACGACAACGGCGUCGUCCCCGAUUUCGACAACGAAGCUCCCCAGCGCCCGACGACGCGGGGGAACUGGCUGAGGAGGAAGGCCGCGUCCGUUCUGCCGACCACAAUCGUGCGCCGAUUCGCGCUGGACUACGAGCGCCCGACAGGCCCGAUAGGCGGCGGGACGUCGAACGACGGCGUUUUUGCCAACGUAUCUGCUAAGCCGACAGCGCCUGUGCGGAUCAACGAAGGCGACGAUACGUAUAUCGUCCCCGAAGACACACGAGCAGAAGCACCGCCCUCGUAUCAAGCCGCACAGCAAGACUCCGUCCCGCCAUACUGGGAUAACACCGUCCACGCCGCGUUCUCCCCCGAGGUGGCGGGCGAGAUGCUCGUGGACUCGAUGCCCACGGGUACGGUGUUCAGCUUCAUGUGGAACAUGCUCGUCUCGAUAUCCUUCCAGUUCGUCGGCUUCCUCCUCACCUACGUCCUUCACACGACGCACGCUGCGCGGCUUGGCUCGCGCGCGGGUCUUGGUGUCACGCUCAUCCAGUACGGUUUUGCUUUACGGAAUCGGUUGGACAGCAACACAUCGGGUCUACAAGACGAGAAUUCAUGGAGUAAUCCAGAGGAGCCACGUCCAUCCUUCUCGACGGCUGCCGAGGCUGACUCGUUCUAUGGCGGCGAUUUCCCCGAUAACUCGACAUCGCCGUUUGCGAAUCUCACUGAGGAGCAAGCCUCACAGCUCGUUGCCGAUGCUACGACAGAAUGGCUCUCGUUCUUCCUGAUGACCGUCGGCUGGUUCAUCCUUCUGACUUCCGUGCUGGGCUUCUGGCGUGUAAAGCGUUGGGAGCGUGGGAUUCUCACCUCGCAGCAAGCUGCUAACCUGACUCCUGCCGCCCGCGAGCAGGAACAGGCACUGCUUGGACGUAUCGAGCGUGCGUUUGGCGUGCAGUUGCCCUCCCGCUCCGCGGGCGACUUCUUCCGCACGGGCUUUGGCCUCAGCCGCAGCAAUCACGAUGAUGAGGACUCGCACCAUCUACAGGCUGUAGAGGAGGGUCAUGCUCCUGCGCGGGAGGAGGCCGACCUGACGAUCGAGAUCGACCCGAAUGACCCGAAUCGGGAGCGGAUCCUGCGGGAGGCACUGGAGAACGAGCGGCGGUUGCAGGAGCAUCUGCGCGCCGCUGGCUUGAUCUAAUACGGAGCUCUUGUGUAAGAGGGCAUGCAUGCACACAUCAUCCCAGUACAUUCGUUCGUCUGUUUCCUAUCUCUUUGC